AUGUCCACCAGGUCCGUGUCCUCGUCCUCCUACCGCAGGAUGUUCGGCGGCCCCGGCACCGGCACCAGGCCGAGCUCCAGCCGCAGCUACGUGACCUCGUCCACUCGCGCCUACAGCCUAGGCAGCUCGCUGCGCCCCAGCGCCAGCCGCAGCGUCUACUCCUCCCCGGGCGGCGUGUUCGCCACGCGCUCCUCGGCCAUGCGCCUGCGGAGCAGCGGGCCCGGCGUGCGGCUGCUGCAGGACUCCAUAGACUUCUCGCUGGCCGACGCCAUCAACACCGAGUUCAAGAACACCCGCACCAACGAGAAGGUGGAGCUGCAGGAGCUGAACGACCGCUUCGCCAACUACAUCGACAAGGUGCGCUUCUUGGAGCAGCAGAACAAGAUCCUGCUGGCCGAGCUCGAGCAGCUCAAGGGCCAGGGCAAGUCGCGCCUGGGCGACCUCUACGAGGAGGAGAUGCGGGAGCUGCGCCGGCAGGUGGACCAGGUCACCAACGACAAGGCCCGCGUCGAGGUGGAGCGCGACAACCUGGCCGAGGACCUGAUGCGGCUCCGGGAAAAGUUGCAGGAGGAGAUGCUUCAGAGAGAGGAAGCCGAGGGCACGCUCCAGUCUUUCAGACAGGAUGUGGACAAUGCUUCUUUGGCACGUCUUGACCUUGAGCGCAAGGUGGAAUCCUUGCAAGAAGAGAUUGCCUUUUUGAAGAAACUCCACGAUGAGGAAAUCCAUGAGCUUCAGGCCCAGAUUCAGGAGCAGCAUGUCCAGAUCGAUGUGGAUGUCUCCAAGCCUGACCUCACCGCUGCCCUGCGCGAUGUCCGUCAGCAGUAUGAGAGUGUGGCUGCCAAGAACCUCCAGGAGGCUGAGGAAUGGUACAAGUCCAAGUUUGCUGACCUCUCUGAGGCUGCUAACCGGAACAACGACGCCCUGCGCCAGGCCAAGCAGGAGUCAAAUGAGUACCGGAGACAGGUGCAGUCCCUCACCUGCGAAGUGGAUGCCCUUAAAGGAACUAACGAGUCUCUGGAACGCCAGAUGCGUGAGAUGGAAGAGAAUUUCGCUGUGGAAGCUGCUAACUACCAAGACACUAUCGGCCGCCUGCAGGAUGAGAUUCAGAACAUGAAGGAAGAAAUGGCCCGUCACCUUCGUGAAUACCAAGACCUGCUGAAUGUUAAGAUGGCUCUGGACAUUGAGAUUGCCACCUACAGGAAGCUGCUGGAAGGCGAGGAGAGCAGGAUUUCUCUGCCUCUUCCUACUUUUGCUUCCCUGAACCUGAGAGAAACCAAUCUGGAUUCACUCCCACUGGUGGACACCCACUCAAAAAGGACACUUCUGAUUAAGACAGUUGAAACUAGAGAUGGACAGGUCAUCAAUGAAACUUCUCAGCAUCACGAUGAUCUGGAGUGA